AUGGAGAGUGGAAGUGAUAUGAAUCAUCUGCAAUAUAAUUGUGUUAGAUUUGAUAGAUUGUCUGCGAAUGAUGUUCUAGGCAAAGAGUUUAAAUCUGUUGAGGAAGCAGAGAUCUUUUAUUUUGCUUACGCCAAGGCAAUGGGGUUUGAUGUUAGAAAGGAUGACAAGUAUGUAAGUGCAAGGAUGGGGAGAGUCACAAUCCGUCAAUUGGUUUGUUCUGCACAAGGGAAGAGACGGGAGGAAUAUAUGAACAACAGUAACAAGGUCCGUAUGCCAAAAAAAUUGACAAGGUGUAAUUGUCCAUGUUUGUUCAAGGUAAGAUAUUUUAAGAAGAAUAACUCGUAUGUUGUAGUUGAUUUCAAAACAAACCAUUCCCAUGAUCUUGCACAGCCACACGAGUCACAUCGAUCUGUACCAGAUUCUCAUUUAGCAUUAGCUAAAUCUAUGAGGAGAGUACCCAUUAAGGUUUGUCAUACAUACCAAUACAUGGCUGACAGAGCUGGAGGCCUUACGAAAGUCGGUUUUAUAAGGAAAGAUCUGUACAAUAAGUUGGAUAUAAGUCGUCGAGAGGCUCUACUUGAAGGGGAUGCAAAAGCUGCACUUUCAUAUUUGGAAGGAAAAGCAGCCACAGACAAGAAGUUAUUUUGCAAGUAUAGCACAGAUGAGAGUAACAGGUUGGCUAACUUGUUUUGGAGAGACUCAACUUCAUUGCUUGAUUAUUCUUGUUUCGGAGAUGUGUUGGUAUUUGACAGCACGUACAAGACCAAUCACUAUGAGAAGUCGUUGGUAUUAUUUGCUGGUUCAAACCAUCAUUUAUCGACUACGAUUUUUUGUUUUGCAUUACUAGUUGAUGAGACGGUUGAGACAUAUACAUGGGCUUUGCAAAUGUUUUUAGAGUCUAUGAAGGGCAAAAAACCCAUUGCAGUGCUAACUGAUGGAGAUGAAACAAUGCGGAAGGCUAUUGAAGUAGUAUUUCCAGAUUGUCCAGAUCGUUUAUGUACAUGGCAUAUUGCAAAGAAUGCUCAAAGUAACUUGCAUAAUCCAGAAGUAAUUGCAGAGUUUCGGAGAUGUAUGUUUGAUGAAGCAACCCCAUAUGGUUUUGAGCAACGGUGGAAUGAUAUGGUGAACAAAUUUAAUCUUCAUGAUAAAAAUUGGCUCCACAUAAGGAAUCAUGGAGAUAUUGAGGGGUGGCAAGGCUACUAG